UCCCCGCUGCCGGCGCCAUGCUGGGAGUGGCGGAGUGCAGCAGUGAGGUCAGGAAGUACGGAAGUGGUACAGCGGGGCCGGGAGAGCUCGCGUGCCCUAACCCCGCCGCUCCACAGCCCACUUCCGGGGUGGGGCCCCAGAACCUGUAUAUUGCGCGGGGAGCCGCUGAGGCGCGGCGUCGCGUUGUGUCGCUAUCCGCGUUGCGGGGCUUCCGUGCGUGGAAGGACGCGGGUUCAGCGGAUCCGUUCAGGGCCCGGCUCGUGGCGGCCUGCAGCUCCUCACGGGGAGCGGAGGGGCAGCGCUGGGCUCUGCUCUCUGGUGACAGCGGUGGGGCCCGAGGUAACGGCAUGGAGCUGUGCCGGGGGGUCAGGCUGCGUUCUGCCCCAGAGGGAGGUGAAAAGGUAAUUGAAGAGCAAGUCACUGAAACUGAAGAUGAAAACACAGUGUACAUCCAUCCAGUGAUAGUUCAGAAAGAUUUUGUAGAUUUUGAAGAUGGGCAGCCAGUAGUUUCGGAAGACAGGGGUGUGGCCUACCUACCUAAAGAAGGUGACCAUUCCAGCACUUUAGAGGCUGUCCAGCCAGAGGAUGGCUCCACCACUGACAUCCAUUGUCCUGUCAUCGUGCCCCCUGACAGCCCCAUCCUGGAAGCGCAGGCAGAAAGUGGGCGACCCGAGAAAGAUUUUGCCUUUGAUGUCAGGACCGUUAAUGCAUUAAAGCAGUAUGUCAACAAGGAUUUGCAGGAGCAGGAAGUGCACAGCAAUGAGAAGAGGAUCCAGCCUGUCCGUAAAGCUUUCUGUUGUGGGUACAAAGACUGUGGCCGCCUCUGCCCCACCGCCCAUCAUCUGAAGGUACAUGAACGUUGUCAUACAGGUGACCGGCCAUAUGCAUGUCAUUUCCCAAGCUGUGGGAAGACAUUUUCUACAGCGUUCGGGCAGAAGGUCCACAUGAGAAUACAUACUAAUGAGAAACCAUACAAGUGUCCAGAAAACACGUGUAGCAAAGCCUUCAGAACUUCUGGCGAUCUACAGAAACACAUCCGGACACACACAGGGGUGCGUCCCUUCAAGUGCCCAUUUGAGUACUGCGAGCGCUCUUUUACCAGCUCCCACAUCCUCAGGGUUCACAUCCGAAAGCACACAGGCGAGCGUCCGUACAUAUGUCCAGAGCCCAUGUGUGGAAGGGGCUUCUCUAGUGUCACCAAUUACAGGAACCACAUAAGAAUCCACACAGGAGAGAAGCCAUAUGCCUGCCCUGUGCCGGGCUGUGGAAAGCGCUUCACGGAGUACUCCACCCUCUACAAGCACCACAUGGUGCACACGCACAGCAGGCCCUACUCCUGCAAGAGCUGUGGGAAGACCUACACCCAGACCUCUUCGCUGGCUACGCACAAGUGCAGCGGCCGCAGUGAGCUGGAGGCCACAGAAGAGAGCGAACAAGUCCUGCGUGAACAGCAGCAGCUGGAGGUUGCUGCUGAAGGAGGUUCCCCCAUGAAAAGCCAGCAUGUUGCUUUCCCAUCAGAGAUGGAGAAAGAUGAGGAUGAAGAGGAAUAUGACGAUGGUAUGCCUGCACAGGUCUCACUUACCUGUGAGGAUGAGACAGAGCAGAUCAGUUUGUCGCAGGAAGACCUGCAGGCCCUGGGCAGUGCAGUCAGCAUGGUGAUACAAAGCAGUGCCCUCACAGCGCCCGAGGGAGAGCUCGUGGGUGAUGACACGUGCACCAUGACUGUGGACAAUGCUGAUGGCACCAAGACACAGCCGGUUACCAUAGUCACUUUGGGGGCAGUCAUGUCUGACUCUUCAGGGAUGUGUGAUGACGCAUCCCUCUGUCAUCAGCAGGUGGCAUUGCUGGCGACUGCCAAUGGCACUCCCAUUGCAGUGCAGUUUGAAGAGCGGCAGAGCCUGGAGGACGCCAUCAGCAUAGCAGCAGCAGCAAUCCAGCAUGAACCUGUAACACUGGAGGCAGCCAUGUCUGAGAAUGGCUGCUGAGAGCCUGCAGAGCCUCCCAGGUAGGAAGAGCAGGCAGCCGAGCCUGUUUAUCCACGGGGGCGUCAGGAUCUGUAGGAACUGGGCCAGCAGGCGCGUGGAAGACGUGGUGUAAGAGUCUAAGAGCAGCUGGCAUGUGAUGUGCAGCAAACAGGCGGUGAGAGCCAGUGCUGGCAGUGUUGGGCUGCCAGGGUGACCGUGCCAGAAGGGCUCUUCCCUCCAUGGAGCAGUGUCUGUGAUAGCUGCUACCUUCUGCUGGAGGCUCUACUGUUCUACUGGGCUCAGAGCAGCAGCUUUCCUGCUCCUUGCCAUGGACACUUGUCAUGGUUUUACGAUUUUUGUUAUCGGUAUUCCACAUCAUAACAUCAUGCGGUGAGCUGGGAGUUAAAGAGCUAAUGCUCCAGUUCCGUGGACUGCCGAUAGUUCCAGGUACCUGGUUCUCAGAGGAGAACUGCAUCUCCCAGGAGACUUUCACUGUUCUGUUUCCAUUUUCCGUUCAGAGGGAAGGAUAAAACUGUUUGCAGGUCACGAGACAGCCCCUUCUUUUACUGCUUGUCUCUGCAGUACGUGCUCCCUAGCCAUCUCACCUGCAGCAUAAGAGUAAGGCCUUUGGUUUUGGACACUCUUUCUCAUUUUAGUUGAUUUAUUAGCCUCAAUUCCAAUUAUAUUGUGUUAUAUUGCGUUAUCUUGCAUUACGAUAUCAUAUUUAGUAAAUUAGUUUUUCUCCCUUA